AUGGGCGACAUCCCAGGGAGCAAUCAAGCAAACUGCUUGAAUCCUCUAACAUACCCUAAAUCUGCUGAGCCAUUCGACGAUCACCUGUUCCGGCAACCCACGGCAGAAUACCGAGGAUCACCCUUCUGGUCAUGGAACAACAAACUCGAUCAGGAGAAACUCCUGCGCCAGCUGGACGUCUUCCAGAGAAUGGGCAUGGGAGGCGUUCACAUCCACAGCCGAAUUGGACUGGAUUCUGAGUAUCUGGGACCCAAAUUCAUGGAGUGUUUGAGAGCCAGUGUUGAGAAGGCGAAGGAGAAGAAUAUGCUUACUUGUCUGUACGACGAGGAUCGAUGGCCUAGUGGCUACGCCGGAGGCAUAGUUUUAAAAGAUCAUCCUGAACAUCGCGGUCUGCACUAUCUACUCACCCCGUGGAAGUAUGGAGAAGCACCGGAAGGAACCGUGGGAACAGGUCGGAAGACCAGCACCUCUCCCGUUCGAAGUGAAUGCGGCGAUUAUAUAGCAAGCUACGACAUUACGCUCACAGAGCAUGGUCAUCUCGCGUCAUACAAACGGCUUCGGCCUACCGAAACUGGCAAAAAUGUCUGGCACCUCUACGUCGAGCCCAACCCGCCUUCCGAAUUCUACAACAAUGACACCUAUGUCGAUGUUCUGAAUAAGGAGGCGAUCCAGUAUUUCAUCAAGACAACGCAUGAAGCAUUUCAGCGAGAGGUCGGCGGGGACUUUGGAAGAACAGUUCCAUCUAUCUUUACAGACGAGCCUCAGUUCCAAGCCAAGCUAGGUUUGAAACGCACCUUGGACAAGUUGACGUAUUUGGGCCAUGGACACGGGAUUUCCCCGCAUUCUUCGAAGGGGAGACUGGAUAUGAUCCUCUCGAUCGUUUUCCAGAGUUGA